AUGGCUGCCGGAAGGUUACUGCUCUACACUGGCCUCUCGCUAGCGCUCUGCGCCCUCGGCAUGCUAGCCGUGGCCAUCUGCUCGGACCACUGGUACGAGACGGACGCCAGGAAGCACAGGGACAGGUGCAAGGCCUUCAACACCCGCCGGGUCGACCCCGGCUUCAUUUACAACAAUAACAACAACUUGCCGCUCCGGGCGAGCCGCUCGCGCCUGGACCGCUGGGAGGGCAAACUCCUCCGGGCCCGGAAUCGCCGGCAGCUGUUCGCCAUGAGCCCCGCGGAUGAGUGCAGCCGGCAGUACAACUCCACCAACAUGGGCCUCUGGAGGAAGUGCCACCGGCAGGGCUUCGACCCCGAGAUCGCCGCCCUCAUUCGGAAAGGAGAAAUUGAGCGAUGUACGUACAUCAAAUACCACUACUCCUCAGCAACCAUUCCCAGGAACCUCACUUUCAAUAUCACGAAGACCAUCCGUCAGGAUGAGUGGCAUGCCCUACACCUGCGCAGAAUGACGGCUGGCUUCAUGGGCAUGGCGGUGGCCAUCAUCCUCUUUGGCUGGAUCAUCGGCGUGCUGGGCUGCUGCUGGGACCGAGGCCUUAUGCAGUACGUGGCAGGGCUGCUCUUCCUCAUGGGAGGAACCUUCUGCAUCAUUUCACUGUGCACCUGUGUGGCCGGGAUCAACUUUGAGCUGUCACGCUACCCACGCUACCUGUACGGACUCCCUGAUGACAUCAGCCAUGGCUAUGGCUGGUCCAUGUUCUGUGCAUGGGGGGGCCUAGGCCUCACACUCAUCUCGGGAUUCUUCUGUACCUUAGCCCCUUCUGUUCAACCUGUCCCGAGGACCAACUACCCUAAAUCCAGACCCGAGAAUGGGACAGUGUGCUAAAAAACAAACCCAUACAUACAUAUAUAUAUAUAAAUAUAUAUAUAUAAUAUACAUAUAUAAAACAAAACAAAACUAAAUCAAGACGAUGCCAGUGCCAAGGUAGAGUUGAGUUGGCUCAGGCACCUGCUUCUCGCCGGACUUUGUGUUGCCUCAUCUCUGAGAUGGGGAAAGUUUUUCCAUCCUGUGGCUCUUCCAUCAGUUCUUGACUUUUGGCUUCAUGGUCUCUUGAAGACAGAGCAAACACCACCACUUGCGACCGCAUCUUGAUCCCCAUCACUGGCGAGGAUGGGGUGGUGAAGGGACAGUGGAAGGGGUCUGAGGCAGCACAGAUGUAGAGAAGGAAGUGCCACCCACUGGGUCAACGGGAGAGGACGCCAUCCCUAACCAGUCAUAUCACAGGAUAACAAAGCCCUUAGUUCCUGGAAUGUAACCAAAUUAUUGAGGCCAUUUUCAGAAUCACUUCUUCUCCUGCUCUUCCUGUUCGGACUUCCUUCCCAGCCCACUAGCAACACACAAGGAGUGGAAGAGAAAACAAACUGAGAAGGACGUUUUCUCUUUGCUGCCAAACUUUUGGACCAUGUUUCAUAGGUGGGAAGGGAAGAGAACAUGCUGAGAGGCAAGAUCUGCAUCAAUGAAAGGACGCUUCGGUGGAUGCUCAGACAACCCAGUCUUACCUUCCAGCUGCCUUACACCCAGUGAAACAAGAGGCCACCCUGUCCCCAGCCGCACCUGCACUCCCUGGGCAGACUGGAGCCUUGGAGUCAUGCUGUGAUGUGUGUGUGUGGGUGUGCGUGCAUGUGUACUUUGGGCGGUUUCCUUUUUUUCUUUUCUACCUUUUAAAUGGAAAUACUGCAUUAUGACUGUUGUCUCUCUUAUCACUGUAGUGGUUUCAUGGCCCCAGAUAGAGGCCCAGAGACCUAGAAAUUGUCAUGAGGGACAGGCCUAUAAGGGUGCCAAUUCUGCAGCUACAGAUCCCUGGAGUGGUGUGUGCGUGUGUGUGUGUGUGUGUGUGUGUGUGGUGGAUGUUUCUUGAGUGUGGGGUUUUAUUGUUUGUGUUGUGUUUUUUUAAAUUGUUUCUGGUAUAGCUGAAAUUUCCAGAGGGCAGAACCAAGAACAAAGCCACUGGGCCAGAGGACCCCCGUGGUUCUCCACAUUACAGCUCUGGGACUCUGCACGAUUUAGUCCUCUAAUUUUGGAAGUUCAAGACACAGCUGGGCACAUAAGCCAUGAGAGAAGAGGGGGAACACACGGUUCAGGAGAGAGAAGAAAUGUUGCUCUGGUUGCUGUUGUACAAGAACAUAAACCAACAAGACCUUCACUCCCCAUUAUAGAAGCUGUCCUUUGUCACUGGACAUCUCCCCUUUCCCUAGGGGUGACCUCUGUACAAACGAAAGGAAGUGGGUCACAUGCAGAGAGAGCACCUCCAUUUCCCAUGGGCUCAAGUUUGUAUGAUAUUGUGUAAAUUAAUGCAGAACUCUUGACUCUUUCCAUCCUCUUCCUUUCCCUCUUGAUAUUCAAGGCCAUGAAUCCCAAAAUAACAGUCUUAGUGGCUAGCACCCAAACAGAGGUGGAAUAAAUCCACCCCAGUGUCUCGGGCUCAUUUGAGCAAAUUAGCACUGCAGGUGCUGGCAAGCAAAGUCAGCCAGAGAGUUAUGAACGCUGUAGGGGUGGGAGUCUGCUGGAGUGGGCUGGAGCUGCUCACAGUCAUCUCAGUGAGCCUGCUGGUGCCCAGCAGCCCUGGGGAGGCCAGGUGAGAAUCCCUGAGCUGGUGUAGCCAUGGUCAACUGUGUAGCAGAGAAUCCCAUUGUUUCACAAACAAAUAUGCUUUGGGAGCUUUGCCAGGCACUCAGCAGCCUUCCUUCCACUGCUGUGUGAUCUGUUUCAUUUACACGUCUUCCAACCUAUCUUCCUACCACCCUCCUCCUUUUCUCACCUACUAACCACUUACCUUCUCUCUCUUCUAUCUUCCACCCUCAUCUGCUCCUUUGAACUGUGUGUGUGUAAUUCAUAUCUGGAUAUGAUAUGACAUCUGAUGUGCAUGAAUGGGUUGAAUGUGGAUCUCUCUGUAUGUGUAUCUCUCUGGUGCAUUUUGUGUACGUUUGUGUCAGUACGCACCUGCACACAGGUGUGGGUGCACUACUCAAGACUUCCUUACCGGGGACUCUGGUCAGCUUCUGCAAAAGGUCUCAUGUGUGAGUUCCCUGUGUGUGGGUGUGCUGGGCGAUAGGGUAAGGUGUGCAACGGGAAAAGUUGUUAGCUUCCAGUUGGGGUUCUAAGGAUUAUUUUUAAAACAAAGGAUUUAUUCUAUGAGAAGGGAAAUAAUUUUCAGGAAAACCCAGUUUUUCAAUUGGGCAUUUUAUUUCUAAUUUUCUUUGAAAAGUUAGAUUUCUCCCUUAAGGGGAAGGGCAUACUUGGGCUUAAGGAAAAGUGAAGAAAAGUAUCUCAGAUUGAGAGGCCUUUUGUCUUCCUUCCAAGUGUCCUGAAGGGGCUCUGCCGAGGAAGGGACAGACAGGUGUUCACGAGCAUCCAUUUGGGGGAGAGGGCUUGUCUAUGACCACACUGAAAUUCCAGCUUUUUUUCCAGUUGCAGGAGAGAGGGGAAAAAUUCUAAAUGGGGAAAUUUGCUAUGAACCAUUUAAACUUUUUGUAAGUAAUCAUGUUUGAGGAUGCUGGCUCACAGACCUAUCAUUAUUUAUAUCCUCUUUUUAAAAAAAAUCCCAUACUUUCAAUGAAUAGAUUAUCUGUUCUAUCCAAUUAUUGUCUUUGUGACAGACAUUUAGCAAAGCUUACUGCAUCCCUUUGAAACCUUGAGAGUUCCUGAAAUGUUAGAAAGCUCCCAGGAAAGAUGUAAACAACCUGGGCUCAACUCACCAGCCCAGAGCAGGGGCUUUGAGUGACUUCUUUGAUAGCGGGGCCAGUUAAGUACGAACACACUUUGGGAUCUGAUCCUGCUGGGAAGCAAAAGACACCCAGCCACAUGACCAGGAUAGAGGCCCCUUUCAGACGGCAAGUCCUGGCCAAUGGGAGGACUUCUCAGGUGACCUUGAUCCCUCUAGCAUAAGGGCUUGACCACAGAUUAAAACAUGUGACUCCAACCAGUUACGGAAGCUUUCUGGCUGUGAGGUAGCUGAGGGAGAUGAGGAGGAGGAAGAGAGGAGCCUUGACUUGUGAGGCUCUAUAGGUCAGACUCUGCUAACUCCAAAUCAAAGUGGAACCCAACCUUAUGAGGGCAUUUAGGGUCAAUGACCUCACUAAAGUCACCAGCCGCAACCCCAGGUCAAGUUCAAACUUCUUACUGGCAUAUGAACAUGUAUGUUCUUUGAGCUCCAUGCAAGUCAACCUUGAGCCUGGGGCCCAUUGCAACUUUUAUUUCCUUCCCUAUUCUACUACCUUGAGAUUCAGGAAAGUGAGGUAUUCUACCUAGAGAGAGGUCCCAUAUUUUUUUCUCCUUAUUUUGGGAGUUAUGGUUUCUUCUUCUGUUUCCGUUUCCUCUCUCUCCACUCACUCCUACUUUCCUCCUGCAUCAACUUUGGUCAAUUAACAUAGAUAAGUGAUUCAUCUGUAGAGAGGCUCCUAGACUCCAAGCAGCCCCCUUCCUUGUUCAUUGUGGCUGUAGGUUUUAUAAGGAGGUCUGUGGCUCCCUGGCAUCAAAAUAUGAAAAAUAAAAUCUGUGCCUGUUCCAGCUUCAAUCCUCCUCCAAGCCUUAGCUUUUCAACAACCCUGCCCUUUCAACUUCAGGGAUCAUGGAGUCACAGAGACUGGACAACUCCUCCAAAUCUAGACAAAGACUUUCUUAAGCGCCCUGAGCCCAGGUCCAUAUCUUCCCAUCAGGGAUGAGUGGUCACACCUAGCAAUGCUUGCCUCUCCUGUGACAAGAGGGAAGGAUAUCCCAAGACUCUGAGACUGGGCCCUAUAUCUCAAUAUUCAUCCACACUCAUGAUAAGAUGCCGGAAAUGAAUGCACUGUGUGUAGCUGUCUUGAUUUAGUGGGAGGAUGUGCUGCUUACGUCUCCAAAGAUGCCCACCUGGGUCAAAUUCAGAAUAAUGAACUCAGGUACAUCACCCAGAGGCAUUUAGAAUGGACUCUGUCUUCACCUGGAUUAUGUGCUGAGUGUUAAGUGAUUUUUCAAAUAUCUGGGGGAAGGAGUGGGAAGAGAUACACUCUGGUCAUCCUUUGGUGUGGUUUGUGGGGGAUACUUGGUUGAUUCUUGUAGUUAAAGUGAAAAUGUUUAAAGAGAAAAAAUUUAAAGAGAAAUGCUUUUCUGAAAAUGUUCCCUGUCUUCAGGGGGACUUACCCAUCCCAGAGGACACAUCCAUCCCAGGGGACACAGCCAGCCCUUUCCAGGGAAAUACGAUGUUUCUGAGUGAGAGGUGAUUUCAGUGCAGAUAGAAAGAGCUGGUGCACACCAGCAGGGUUGCCUUCCAUGCCAUCUUCCAGCUGGUGUGGGAUAGACUAAGGGGGCAGAUUUUUAAGAACCCCACCAGAGUUGACAUACACACGUGAUUCUGGUGUCUGUCUCUCAAAGCUCUCAAUGUCUGGGGCUGUGUUUGCCCUCUUUUCAUUGAUGCUGCCAUGAUGCAAAAUGUUUCUUAAACAUUAUUCCUGGUUCUUAGAAUAUGUGAUUACUGAGUAUUGGAUUUCUUCCCUGAAUAAUACCUGCUCAUUGUAGAAAAUAAGAAAAAUAAACUACAAAAAAGACUACAAGAUUUUUCAUAAUCUAGUCACUCUGAGGCAUCUACCACGGGCCCAAUCCAAAUGGUCAUGACCUCAAAACUUCCCCAAUGAGUGCUUGUCUCUGGGUUGGCAGCUGGGGCCAUGUGAGCAGUGUACACCACAGAACCACACUGGUCUGCGUUGAGUUGACCCUGUGUUCCUGGCAGCAAGAGUGCAGGGCCCUGAGCCCCCAGAGAUAGCAAAGAGGCCUAAAAGUUUAAUGCCAGACCUUAGGGGCAGGAUGGAGCAGGGCUAAAAGAUGUCUCUUUGGCCCUGUCUGCCUGCUUUCCUUCCUUUCUUCCUUCCUUCCUUUUCUUUCCUUUUUUUUUUUUUUGGUCAGUUGCCAUCUCAAUCUAAUCAUAGAUGUAAGAAUGCGGAAGCCAGAGUAACUCACUCAUUAAGCUACACUUGCGUAACAGUUACUGUAAAUUUCACUACAGCUCUGCACUGAAAUGAUUUGUGACUCUGGGCACUGUGUCUUCUCCAUACUUGAACUUCCUCAUCUACAAAAUGAGGAUAAGUGAUAACACCUUACCUCAUGGUAUAUUAAGGGUGACAAAGAAAUUGCAAAGUGAUUUGCAAACAUGAAGUGUCAUAUGAGUUAUGUAUGUUCUGAUUAUCCCUCAGAAGACCCCCCCACUGGAAUGGAAUUCUCACAUCAAGUGUCUGUGCCUCACUGCUGAAGGAUAACCCAGAGUGCAAGGUCAUCUUUGUUGCUGAACAGGGCUGGACCUGUCGCACUUAAGCACACUUAAAGGAUUCUAUUCUUCAUUCAGGUCCCCCAGAGAAAUUGGCUCCUUAUUUUUCUUUACCUAUUCCUAGACUUCCUUUUGUCUAGAGCCAGUUUUGCAAAGGGCACUUUUAUCCAUCUCAGUUAUUCCCAGAGGUGACAGAAUGAGUAAACCAUAUGGGGCAAAUAGCAUAUAUGAGCUAAACCAGUUAACUGUUAACCAAGGCACGUGGUCAAUGCCUUAGUAUUUUUUUUUUUUAAUUCUCCUAACGUUAUUUCUAGCUGUACAUUCCCAAAAGGAAUGGGUGGAAGCAAAUCAGAUUCUGAAAGGUUUCAAUGAUCUUUCAAGUUUAGGAUGAGACCAAGUCUCAAGGAGCUGGGUUCUUUCUCUUGUCAGUUGCUGAAGCCAGUAGCUUCGUCAAAAACAUAUGAAUUCAUAUAAGGAAGCCCUUUAGAUGGUACAUUCACUAAGACGUGUCUGAGUGUGAUCCUGUUUGGGAAAAACAGAAUCCUAGGUUCUAAACAAGAAAAGAACGCCCUUCCCAAAGGGUCCGCACACUUUCUGCUUUGCAGCGGAUCGAGUGUCCUUGUGAGGGUGAGACUUCCUUCAAGGGAAGGGAAGCCAUUGCUCUCUCUGUAGAUAGAGCCCAGCUGGUAACGGGGGAGCCACCCAACUGCAGGGGGGUGUAUGUUCAGGUGUGAAAAACAGAAAACUGGGUCUGAACGUGAAGAGUUGCACAGCAGUAGUUCGAAGAAGCUGGCAUCUCUUUGGCAAACACCAACCUCAGCAAAUGCAACUCCUACACUUCAUUCCCAAGGACCAGGUGUUGCUCCUUAAGGAACUCUGUAUCCCUCUCUCCUCUCCAGAACCCCAUUCCUCCCACUGGCUGAGCUUUUCCUUUCCUUUCCGGGUCACCCAUAGACCCUCUCCGUCUGUACCAGUGCGUCUGUGUUGUGAGCGUGACGAAGCCUUUCCUGUGAAGAGCUUUCACGAACUCAUUCUCAUACUCCUUCCCCAUUUCCACCCAUGGUGUGACUGUUUUGCUAUUCAAGACUAUCUGUAAAAAUGUACAAAUAAAAGUGAAAACUGAAAAUAAAGGGGAGGGAGAUUGAGAUUAAACAAAUGCAAUGAUGUA